GCCGAGGUGUCAACAUUGUUUCACUCAGUCCAGCAAAAAUCAAAAAAAUAAAUAAAAAAAGCAGAAGGAAAUGGGAGGAUUUAGUUCGUGUCCUGUGGGAAAAUUUUUCUUUUUCUGAUGAAGCUAUGAUGAAGUUCACUGGCUGUUUGGGGAUAAUGGUUUCCAGUUUGAUUCUGUUACUGGUUUGCUCCUUGACUUUCUUCUCCUGUGUGAGCGGCUGUGAUUACAGCUGUCUAGAUAAACCUAUGAUGACUCCGUCCAGGCUGGUGGUGAAGUUCGGUGAUCCAACCUCUGCUACAUGUGUAGCCUGUCAGCAGGCCUGUUUUCCCCUGGAUGACAGUAUUAGAAAUAUGGAAGCUUCUCUUGGAACUUCUAACAUAAAUGGAAGCACAGUGACCUGGACAGUGAACCGAAUGACUGAGUGGGAUUUAACUCCAAAGUGCUUCUAUACUACCGCAACGAAUGAUCAGUGUUGCACUGACCUGCCUGUUACUGUCUACAAAUCUCCAGAAAGUGUGUCCUUCAGCUUAAACCCCUCUGGACCUCUGACUGAGGGUUCAGAGGUCACGCUGCAGUGUGAUGUACAGAACAUCGCUCCGGCUGGAAACCUCACUGUGACCUUUUACAGAGGUCACACGCUUCUGGGUCAAGUGAAAAGCAGCAAUCCCACAAAGGAACCAGUUAAUGAGAUAUUUUCUAUGAGCUACAACAGCACAAAAGAAGAUAAUGGAGUCCAGUUCUGGUGUGAAGCCAAGCUGGAACUGGGAGCUGAAGGACCACAGCCCCCUCUAGUGGUGAAAUCAAAUGAGACCACAGGAAACUGGCCGAGGUGUCAACAUUGUUUCACUCAGUCCAGCAAAAAUAAAAAAAGCAGAAGGAAAUGGGAGGAUUUAGUUCGUGUCCUGUGGGGACAUUUUUCUUUUUCUGAUGAAGCUAUGAUGAAGUUCACUGGCUGUUUGGGGAUAAUGGUUUCCAGUUUGAUUCUGUUACUGGUUUGCUCCUUGACUUUCUUCUCCUGUGUGAGCGGCUGUGAUUACAGCUGUCUAGAUAAACCUAUGAUGACUCCGUCCAGGCUGGUGGUGAAGUUCGGUGAUCCAACCUCUGCUACAUGUGUAGCCUGUCAGCAGGCCUGUUUUCCCCUGGAUGACAGUAUUAGAAAUAUGGAAGUUUCUCUUGGAACUUCUAACAUAAAUGGAAGCACAGUGACCUGGACAGUGAACCAAACGACUGAGUGGAAUGUAACUCCAAAAUGCUACUAUACUACCAUAAUGAAUGAUCAGUGUUGCACUGACCUGCCUGUUACUGUCUACAAAUCUCCAGAAAGUGUGUCCUUCAGCUUAAACCCCUCUGGACCUCUGACUGAGGGUUCAGAGGUCACGCUGCAGUGUGAUGUACAGGACAUCGCUCCGGCUGAAAACCUCACUGUGACCUUUUACAGAGGUCACACGCUUCUGGGUCAAGUGAAAAGCAGCAAUCCCACAAAGGAACCAGUUAAUGAGAUAUUUUCUAUGAGCUACAACAGCACAAAAGAAGAUAAUGGAGUCCAGUUCUGGUGUGAAGCCAAGCUGGAACUGGGAGCUGAAGGACCACAGCCCCCUCUAGUGGUGAAAUCAAAUGAGACCACAGUGGAUGUGGAGACGAACUCCAAGCCAACCGAUGAUGCUCCCAGUCGGAAACUUUGCAGGUUCAUCCUCUGCUUGACGCUACUCUCAAGAGAAGAUUUUCUAUAUUUGUUUUCCACAAACUGCCUGGGAAUUAAAAUGCUUUCCAGUUUGGUUCUGCUGGCGGCUUCCUUCACCACUUUCUUCUGCUGCGUGAACACCUGCAAUUACAGCUGUCCAGAUAAACCUGUGAUGACUCCGUCCAGGCUGGUGGUGAAGUUCGGUGAUCCAGCCUCUGCUACAUGUGUAGCCUGUCAGCAGACCUGUUUUCCCCUGGAUGACAGUAUUAGAAAUAUGGAAGCUUCUCUUGGAACUUCUAACAUAAAUGGAAGCACAGUGACCUGGACAGUGAACCGAAUGACUGUGUGGGAUUUAACUCCAAAGUGCUACUAUACUACCAUAACGAAUGAUCAGUGUUGCACCAACCUGCCUGUUACUGUCUACAAAUCUCCAGAAAGUGUGUCCUUCAGCUUAAAGCCCUCUGGACCUCUGACUGAGGGUUCAGAGGUCACGCUGCAGUGUGAUGUACAGAACGUCGCUCCGGCUGAAAACCUCACUGUGACCUUUUACAGAGGUCACACGCUUCUGGGUCAAGUGGAAAGCAGCAAUACCACAAAGAAACCAGUUAAUGAGAUAUUUUCUAUGAGCUACAACAGCACAAAAGAAGAUAAUGGAGUCCAGUUCUGGUGUGAAGCCAAGCUGGAACUGGGAGCUGAAGGACCACAGCCCCCUCUAGUGGUGGAAUCAGACAAUCUCACUGCUACAGUUUAUUACGGACUUGAGCUGAAGGUUCCGGCUGAUCCCGCUCCGAUCAGCAUCAUUAGAGGAGAACCUCUCCAUUUGACCUGCUUGGCUGAAGGAAACCCCAAACCUCGGUACAACUGGACGCUGCCGUCCAACAGAGGCCACAGCAGUGUGACCGAUCUGAAAAUCGACUCAGUGGAUUUUCAGGACGGAGGGCAAUAUGUCUGCACCGCCAGCAACAUCGUGAACUCCGUCAGUGUUAGAUUUGACGUAACAGUCCAAGAAAACUUCAUUCCGUACAUAAUAGGUGCCGUAGUAGCUACUGCGGCUCUGAUAUUGAUCGGCUCAGGAGUCAUCUACGGUUGUUAUUACAAACAGAACAAGAUGGGAGAAUACCGACCAACAGACGCUUUCUGUUUGGGCGAAGUGCGUCACAACACAGUUAUUCUUUGAUGGUAGAUGGUUUCAGUGUUGUAAGAAAGUUACAGGAACUCUUUACAUCUGGAAUCUGGAGGUUGCAUGUUUUACACUCAAGACUACCAUGGAUUGCAGUUAUUUCCUCUUAGCUAUUUGUACUUUGUGGUAUUUUUUUAAUCAUCUUUGUUCCCUUUUUCUCUUAUU